AUGGCUUCUGUCGCCGGUAACCAGCUGCCCACUUGCUACAAAACUCGCUGUCAGGACGGCACCUAUGACAGAAUCAUGGCACAGCUAAGCAAGAGCCUUGACCAGAUGCUUGCUUUGAAGGACUACCCUGCUGACUUCGCCCACACCACCAACCGCAAAGGCCACUAUGAAUAUUAUUCUACUGGUGACAACCCGAGUGAAUUCAGCGCUCUCAUCAUCGGUCAAGUCAUGGUGUCCGAAUGGGGAACUGAUCUCUAUGCCAAGGGUAAUUUUCGACCAUAUGAUGAUAAUAAAAUUACCGAUGACACCGCAGUUCAAAACACCCUUGUUCUCUGUGUCCCCUCACAGGCGACCACAGACUUAACCGAAUUCUACUACGACCAAAUUGGCACGCUCAAUGACAUUCGUAUGAUGGAUGAAAAAGAGGAGGAAAUUGCGAACUUCAGAGUUACGGAAUGGAUUCGUCCAUCUUCCAUGGAACCUGGCAAACCCUCUGAUCUUAUCAUUGUCACCAUCGCUGAUCCUAAGUACACUACGCACACCAACUUACCCAUCAAGGCAGCUGCUACUGCCACACCGAAGGUCGAACACAUCAAGAAGAAAAGAACAGCUAACGCCGAAGCUGAGAAAAUGCAAGACGUGCAACAGGAGCUAACCAAACCUACAGGUGACGACAUCCGCAUCGGAGCAAACUAUGACCCUCAUCUGCUCCCCGACUAUGGCGGCGACCUGUUUGAUCAUCAGAAAGCUCGUCUUCACCAGCACGACUUCCGUGGCGUUGACGGCAUGCUCAUCCCGCCGUGGGACUGGUUCACUACACUCUGGCGUGGCACUCUUGUCUUGCUCAAUGUGCAAGCACACAACCUUUGUGUCCUCUCUGAAUCCAACGAAUUCUGCAUCAUUCCACGGCCCACACUCGGUCCUAUCAUCUGCGCAUCCACCCACUCUUCCAACCCUCCUGCAGCAUUCACCGAGUUCGAUGCCUCUCCACCCAAGAAAGCCAAGGCCGAUGUAACGAAAGAAAAAGUGAAGGCCAAAACCGAUUGA